CCUGCAGGACACUGGGGGGGAAUAAAAAGCUCCAUCAUCCUGCGAUAGGAGCGGUGGAGACAGGGCAUCCUCCCCACACCCGACACCCAUGACCACCGACUGCAGACUCGCUCGCUAACCGGACACACAGGAGGCAUUUUCAGCCAGAGACAUGUCGAAGCACCGUAAAGACAGAGACAGCUGGGGUGAGUGGUCCCUCAGCGACAAACCCGUCUACGACUGGAGCUCGGAGGAGGAGGAGCCGGACGGACGAGCCCGGCCCGUGCAGGUGCUGCUGGUCAAAGACGACCACACCUUCGAGCUGGACGAGGCGGCGCUCAGUCGCAUCCUGCUGGCGGAGGAGGUCCGAGACCGCGACGUGGUGGCCAUCUCUGUGGCCGGGGCGUUCCGCAAGGGCAAGUCCUUCCUCAUGGACUUCAUGCUGCGCUACAUGUACAACCACGCCUCGGACACGUGGCUCGGCGAUGCAGACGAGCCCCUGACCGGCUUCUCCUGGCGGGGGGGCUCAGAGAGGGAGACCACAGGGAUCCAGAUCUGGAGCGAGGUCUUCCUGGUGGACAAGCCAGACGGUGGAAAGGUGGCCGUGCUGCUGAUGGACACUCAGGGGACGUUCGACAGCCAGUCGACGCUGCGGGAUUCAGCCACCGUGUUCGCCCUGAGCACCAUGAUAAGCUCCAUGCAGGUUUACAACAUCUCACAGAAUGUACAAGAGGACGACCUCCAGCACUUGCAGCUCUUCACUGAGUACGGCAGAUUAGCAAUGGAAGAGACUUUCCUCAAACCUUUCCAGUCCAUGAUUUUCCUCGUUCGAGACUGGAGUUUCCCGUACGAGUUUCCCUACGGACAGGAAGGAGGCAUGCAGUUCCUCGAGAAGAGGCUGAAGAUCUCUGAGAACCAGCAUGAAGAGCUGCAGAACGUGCGUAAACACAUCCACUCCUGCUUCACCAACAUCUCCUGUUUCCUGAUGCCCCACCCGGGCCUCAAGGUGGCCACCAACCCUCACUUCGAUGGAAGAAUUCAAGAAAUCGAUGGCGAGUUCAUCAACAACCUGAAGGUGCUGGUCCCCUGGCUCCUCAGUCCUAGUAACAUCGACGUGAAGGAAAUCAACGGCAGCAAAAUCACGUGCAGAGGCCUGGUGGAGUAUUUCAAGGCCUACAUCAAAAUUUACCAAGGCGAGGAGCUGCCUCAUCCAAAAUCCAUGCUGCAGGCCACAGCAGAGGCGAACAAUUUGGCAGCCGUCGCAGCCGCAAAGGAUCUGUACAACAAGAAGAUGGAGGGGGUGUGUGGCGGCGAUCGGCCCUUCCUGGCCCCCAGCGAGCUGCAGGCCCGACACGGCGUCAUCAGGGAGGAGGCCCUGCAGGUGUUCCGGGGCGUGAAGAAGAUGGGAGGCGAGGAAUUCAGCCGCCGCUACCUGCAGCAGCUGGAGGGGGAGAUCGACGAGGUCUUCGUCCAGUACAUCAAGCACAAUGACUCCAAGAACAUUUUCCACGCCGCCCGCACGCCCGCCACCCUGUUCGUGGUCAUCUUUGUCAUGUACGUGGCCGCGGGCAUCACAGGCUUUGUGGGCGUGGACGUCAUCGCCAGCUUGUGCAACAUGAUCCUGGGUCUGGCGCUGAUCACCCUCUGCACCUGGGCCUACAUCCGCUACUCCGGGGAGUACCGAGAACUGGGAGCCGUCAUCGACCAGGUGGCUGGUGCACUGUGGGACCAGGGGAGCACAAAUGAGGCCCUCUACAAGCUCUAUAAUGUUGCGGCCAAUCACAGGCACCUGUACCACCACGCCUUCCCGGGGCCUCAGAUGGAUGAGGACGAGCAGGAAAGGAAGAGGGACUGAUUAAAGACACAGCAGGGACUUCCUGGUGAUGGACAGGGGACGAGGAGGAAGAGGAGGAGGAGGAGGAAGAGGAACAUCCUCACCCAUCAGGCACUCUUUUAUUCUGGUAUUGGGGCUGUCACCAGUACACUCACUUCUUUCAAACCUAAUAACGGACUGUAUAAUGUUCACGUAUAGGCGACGUCAGAGCACCUCUGCAGUGGCUCUCCAUCGAGGGGUGACAUGAAUCAUUGUGUCUCACUUUUGUGUGUCUGUGAAAACACGCUGUACAGAUCUAUCCGAGGAGAGAAUGUGCAUCAACCGACCUCCAGUCAGCUGUUCAUUUCAUAUCGGACCAGUUCUUUCCCUUUCAUCCUCGUUUGUGACGGUCGUUCUGUUCUUUGAAGUUUCGUGCCGUCUAUAAGAUAAAUAUCUAUGAAAGCCAAACUAGGUUCUGUGCGUUGCCUGACGCAGCGUCCCGUGGAUCAUCAGCAUGGUGAAUGGUUCAUGUCCCACAUCUCCGAGCUUUAAAACCAGGACUUCUUUAUAUGAAAUGUUUCGUUUGAAUGGUUGUGACUAAGUAAUAUUGUGCCAUAACAUGUAAAAAAAAGAAAAAAAAAGAAGGGCUUUCGUUGUAAAGAGUUUUGUUUUUUUGCUUUGGAGGUUGGUGUAACUUUUUGAGGUCUGGAUCAGGGAGUGCAGCUUUGUGUUGGGUUUUUAAAGUUUACACAACACUAGCCGACACCAUCUCUCGCUUUGUGGUCCGCUUGCAGUUUUUUGCAGUCACGCAGCGUCCCAGUGGGCCUGCAUACUCCCAGUGGUCCCAGUGCACACGAGCGCUUGGCCUCCGAGGUCGCAGGAAAAGAGUGCGUUCGGUUCCCAUUGUGAUGCAGAGGUGGUGGGUGGGACCAUUGUUGUGUUUUCUCACUGAAUGUUCGAGCAAAUCCGAGGAAUGUAGCCUCCCCGUGGCCACCGAGGAAUCAGAGCGAGAGGCCGUGAGGCGGGGCCACGGGCCUGCUCCGGAGAGGGAUCCUCAUUCCUCGUCUCUUUCAUCAUCCUCACACACUUAAGUUGAAUCAUCUGUGAAAGAAGAAGAGAAAAGAAAAAGAAACCGCUGCAUGGUGAAAGAGGCCCCGGCUCUUUGUGUAGUCCACAACAGCUUGCAUUUGUAAACAAAAGGCUUGUGUCUGUGGCGGCACUUUUUUGGUGUUUGAAUACUUCGGCUUCGUAGACUGUUACUGUACAUCUGUAUAUUUGUGGUCGUUGUUUUUAGCUCAUUGGUCACGGAGAGAACAGGGACACUGUCAUGCGUAUUUAGCGAGUUUAUACUGAGGUCUGACCUCAAGGGUUGAGGAUGUAAAGGCUCUGCAGCACGGUGGCUUCUCCAGUCUUCCACAGCGUAUAAUCAACAUGAGUGAGGCCUUCACACACAAGGAACCAUCGCAGUCCGCUUUAAGACCCCCCCCCCCCUCCCCGUGUCUUCAUGACUUCGCUGGAGUGAUCGUGUCCAUUCGUGUCAGAAGAAGUAGCUUUUGUUCACAGUGGUGUUGCGUUUACGUUAAUUGGAGAUUUUUAAGAAUUGGUUCCUCAAACUGCCCUCAUCGUCGUUCACAUCCACUGAACUGAAAGGUGAAAGGAGAUCGACCUCUUCCAGGUGGACACGGCUUCAUGCACUGCAAACGUUUCAGUUACAAAGACAUAAUAAUAAAGUUGGACCA